GACAUGCAGCGGAGUAACUCAAUAACCAGAGAAAAUGGUGGAAGCAAUUUGCAUGUUGGCAUUGUUAACAACGACCCUCGACAAAGGAAAUUCUCUAUAUCAGCGUGUCGACGACAUUCUAUUGAGCUUAAUGAGAACCAAUUCAUGCUCAUUAUUAUGUUCAGUAAUGCUGAGACAAAUGAAAGGAUUUCAUACAAACAAGAUGGUUCGCGUUUUGGCGCUUCGCAACUUACUCUUAAAUUUGCGACGAACUCCCUCUACAAAAUUUUCGUUAAAGCAAGGCCUCCACAGGAUUUUGUAACUCUGAACAUCGGGGGUAGUGAGCUUAAAUUGAUUCAAGUUGAUGCAGAUUUUGGCGAAUAUGCUGCUGUUUGGAACACUUCCGACAAGACACCAACAAAAAAAGGGACUCGACAGGAUAUUCAAUUCAUUCUCGUGGGCGAUGGACAUAAAACUUUGAACAAAAAUAUACAAGUAAAGUUCUAUCCUCGAAGCGAUUCUCACGCUAGCUGGGGUCAGAAGUUGGACCAGAUUACUUGGCACUGUGAAGUUGAUGAAUUUGGAGCGGUGAGUGUAACGGAGGAACAGACUGUUUAA